GGCGGUGGGGACAAUAUUUCACGUUACAAAACGUGGGAAUUCAAUUGGGGAAAACAAUUAAGCUAAACCCUGCUCCGUAGUUGCAAUAUUACGAUAUUGUGACUUAUAGCGGAGUCAUGUAUCGGCGACCACUGCAGUCUGCCGUCAGAAACAUUAUCGGUGUGACAGCGUCAGGAGCCACCUUUGGAAAGGUGUUGGAUCAUGAAGUGUGUUUUGCCAGAGCUUUAGUUGCCUGUCAGAUGGCCAGAGCCUCCUCUCCCUACCUGACCCCAUGUCGGACUUUGCACGUCACCACACAGCUCCGUCAUGUGAAGGAGACACCCCAGCACUCGGAGGAAGAGGUUGGGGCCUUUACCAAGCUAAUAGAGGCCAUAGGUUUCACCGGACCUCUCAAAUACAACAAAUGGAAAAUCAAGAUCGCUGCCUUGCGCAUGUACACAUGCUGUGUAGAAAGAAUCAAUUAUGAUGAGUUUUUCCAAAAAUGCUCACUCCCUGACACGCUCAACUCUUGGUUCCUGGUAGCACAACUUCAUGUAUGGAUGUGUUUGGUGCGGAUGCGUCAGGAAGGCAGAGCAGGGAAGUACAUGUGCCGUUACAUUGUCCACUCCAUGUGGGAGGAUGUGGAGCAGAGGAGCAAGAUCAUGGGGAUUGAUGCCAGCCAUCGAAAGGAGAGCAUGAAGGCAAUGACAGAGAUCUUUUAUGCAGCUAUAUUUGGAUAUGACGAGGGAAUCCUGUCUGAUGACUGCGUGUUAGCAGCAGCACUAUGGAGAAACUUGUUCAACCGCCAGUGUGAAGACCCCCAGCAGCUAGAACUCAUGGUCGAAUAUGUACGCAAACAGAUGCAGUUCAUUGAUGCCCUGGAUGGGGAAGAUCUGCUGCUGACAGGAGAGGUGAAGUGGCGCCCUCUACUGGAGGAGAAUGCACAGAGCAUCCUGAAGGUGGCCACGCCCACCUACAACGACGCCGGACUCUGAAGGAGGAGGGACAACUCCUUUAUCUCACCCUCCCAAAGUUUUCUCUCCUCUCUCUCUCUCUCUCUCUCUCUCUCUCUCUCUCUCUCUCUCUCUCUCUCUCUCUCUCUCUCUCUCUCUCUCUCUCUCUCCCUCUCUCUCUCUCUCUCUCGCUUUCCUGUUUAUAUUGUCUCCUCUAGUUCUUCCAUUGCACCCCACCACCUACUAAUAUGAGAUUCUUCAAUGGAGAAUCCCACUUCUGUCCCCCCUCUCUCCAGUCUCUUCCUUUCCCUUCAUCCUUCUUGAUCAAGGGAUUUUAAGGAAAACUAGAAUCUUCCUUUACUUUUUUCUUCUUUUUCCAUUUCCUGUCUUUUGUUUUUCUUCCUUCACUCCAUUAGUUUCUUGCACCCUCUCCACCCAUGUCAGCUACUCAUUUAUUCCUUCCCCCCCUAACCUUCCCUUACACAUUAAACUUGCGGUUAUGAAAAGUUUUUUUUUCUUUUUCUUUUUCUUUUCUUUUUUUUUUUUGCUUCUCGACUUUUCUCAUUCAUUCAUCCUCUCCCCUUUUUUUCAUUUCUGUUUUCUCAUUCCCAACCACACACAAUAUGGCAGGACUUUGAGAGGAUGCUCUCACACAUAUACACCUUCCUCCUCUUCUUGCUCCUCUCUUCUUUAUUUUACCUCAUUACAUUAUGUUCUCCUCUCUUCCUAAUGUAUGAAUAGUUUUUCAGAAGGUGCAGGAUAGGCAGUCAGGGAAUUCUGGACCUGAUAUUUACAAUCUCUCUCUUUCUCUCACAUACAUGCACACACACACACACGAACCAACCAAUCUGAAAGCAGGGAAUGCCAUACAUCAUUGUCAUCACCAACAUUGUUGACUUGUGAGUUCUGAGAGCCCCUUUCACUUCCUCUCCAUAGACUGUUGCACUUCCUGUUUAGGGGAAUAUAUCAUGCAAACACAUGCACAAGCAAAGAAGAGGCCAACAAACUAAUUCUUUGUAUUUAUAUGUCUCUUUUUCUUGAAUGCUGUAUGCAGGAAAAAGUAUUGUUUAUAUGUACAUACAACUUUACACACAGCGUUGUGUGAAACAUCUGACUUUAUUAACCACUGGAGAUAAAGAGGGGCAAAAACAGAUAAUGCAAGGACGUUCUAAGAGUUACCAGGUGACAAGAAACACAUAGGAAGAAAUAAAAGGUUCACAGCUCAAACAGACCUUUACUUUGUCAGAUGUCUUGCACAACUGCUCGUCUCCAUUGACAGUCAUUCUGUAUUCAUGUCAGUUGUCCAAUGAUGCUCUCAGAACAGCACAUGGGGUGGUAACUGUCCAAGCCCGAGACACCAUAGCAUUGUCAAAAGCAACUUAGCAUUCUGUGUGACAAAGCAAUUAAAUGUUCUAUG